CUCAAGUGCAAGUGCGAGAAACGUGGAAAGGCUUUUUGCCCGUUUUUACAGAUAUUUUGCAUGGAAUCUGACGAAAAAUACGUAAAAAAGUGCAAAAUUAGAACGUUAAGUGGUCAGUAAAAGUGAACAUUUCUGAAAAUUUUGUAGAAAUAAGUGCUAAUUUUAAGUGUAAAAGUUUUUGAAAUUCUUACAACGACGCAUAUUUUAUACGAAAAUUUUUGAUCGCAUGACCGAAAUUUUACAAAUAUUUGAUAAGAAAACAAUUUUUGACAAUUUUUUUGAGCAAAUUUUUACACAAACGACCACAUGAAAGGUCUCCCGGAAGCUUCGGGCGCUGCUGCCCAACCGCUAAUUGUCUCCCAGAACCGGUCGAAAGUGAAAAAGCCCUUUUUGGGCUACGUGAGUGCGCGAGUUUCCGGGAAAUUUAACAAAAAGUGCAUCAAAUCGAAGCUAAAAGAAAAGUUGCUAGCACGAAAAACGACAAGUGAGUCCCCGAAAGAGCCGGUAAAGGCAUUAAAAGCAACCGAAACUAACAAAGAAUCGCCAUUGACACAACUUGCGAACGCAUUUGGAGGCAUUUGUCGGUUCGGGACACCAACAUCGACGAGAACAACGUUUGCGGGAUGCUUGAAAGCGGAGAAUGCUUCACACAAGUCACUCAAAGAUGGCACCACAAAAGAAGGACGACAACGACGUGAAACGAACAGCUUAAUGUCAAAUGCUUUCACCAUAAAUUCGGCGGAACAGUCACCAACGAGCCGCCAUGCCGAGCAACGUGCCCGCAGCGUCCAACGACGCCUCAACAUUGCACCUCUUCACAUGGAAUUCGAGGCAGUUGGUGACGAAUGCGCGACAACGCCAGAAAAAGAAGACGACGAAGCGUCUUUUUACCCGGGCAAUAGUCCACGUCGCUCGCCCGGACCCUGCCCCAUCAGUCCCUGUGAUGACGAGACCUUGCUCUCACUCGAAACUAGUCCAGUAUCAAACAGAUUCUCUCUCGUGCAAACAAUCUACGAAACAUCGAGUUCCAUGGAUUCCGGUUAUCAUGCCGCCGAAAAGACGCAAGGAUUUCAAUUUGCGGCCCCGUCGGGCGUGGCACCACGAAAAACGCCCCGCAAGAGCCCCAAAACGAAUAGUAUUAGAAUUUUUCACAGUCUCUCGAGUGGAUCGGUGGGUUCGGCUGCCGACGCCGACGAAUAUAUGGAUUUGUUUGAUAUGGAAGACGAUGACGAAGACACCCACAUGCCAACGGAUUUGAGUUCGUUACUAAGUGGGGACAUCAAAGCGGUGCGCAAUACCCCGGAACGACCGAUGCCCAUUGCCCGACGAAGUCUCAGCAUGAACGAGAGCAAUAUCAUCAAUCGGGCACGAAAUUUGUUUGAUGCGAAAAAAGUUACGCCCGAGAAACCGUCGACGCCACGUCAAGCUUUGACGCCCAUUCGUUCCUCGAUGACCCAAAACACGACGCCGUAUUCGUCGAAAGUUUGCUUUAAACGUCCCGAGCCACCAGCAACUUGCAGUCCCGCCUCCAAACGCUACAAAUAUGACAACGAGCAUCAGGAAAAUAUCGCGCCUUUGGUUUCGUCACCGAUUUCGAGCAGUGCCGCCGUGAUUAAAGCUCCGGCGCCAUCGCGUCCCCUCUUCAAAAAGAGCAUCAGCAUGAACGAUGCGAAUAUCAUGAGUGCCCUGGCACGCUCCAACAGUGAACCGAACCUCAUCGGGGACUUUAGCAAACCGUUUGUCCUGCCACUCAUGGAGGGACGUCAUAGUGAUCUCAAGAGUAUUUCCGCCGAUACGAUGGCGAAAUUGGUACGUGGCGAAUUCGAUAGCCAAGUUGCCUCGUUCAAAGUCAUUGAUUGCCGUUAUCCGUAUGAAUUCGAGGGUGGCCAUAUUCGUGGCGCACAAAAUUUGUACAUGCAAGAACAAAUUAUGAAGGUGCUGAUGGAUUCGAGUGCUCCCAGUGCCGCAACGAUUAGUGAUGCACCAAAACGGAAUAUUUUGGUCUUCCAUUGCGAGUUUUCGUCGGAACGUGGACCUAAGCUUUCUCGCUUCUUGCGCAACAACGAUCGCUUACGCAACCAAGAUUCCUACCCAGCACUCCAAUAUCCCGAAAUUUACUUACUGCACGGUGGCUACAAAGACUUUUUCGCUGCCUACCCGGAAUUGUGCGACCCCAUUGCCUACCGUCCAAUGUUGGAGCCCGAAUUCACCGACGAGUACAAGCAUUUCCGUGCAAAGACCCGCAGCUGGAGCGGUGAUGGCGUCACAAAAACUGCCGUCAAAGGUACCUUAGCGAAGUCCCGAUCUCGCUUAGUACUGUAAAAAAGAAUCCCGGCAUAGCCAAAAAAAAAUUCAACGCCAGUCACUCAUCCAGAUGAAAAAGUAACUUUGCCCCGUACUUGAAAAAAAAACUACUUGUAAGUAAAUGCACCCGACGACAAUCAGUUGUGAAAAAAAAUGUGAUCACCAAUUUUGAUUCUUGUAAAAAAUAACUUUUGGAUUAAUUUUAAAUUAAUUAGACUCGUAGAAGGAAAUUGUAAAAAAAAAACAGACAGAAAACUCAAAAGCAUCGUGCUUUGUGUUAGAUGAAAAAAGCUUUAUCCCGUAAUGUACAAUAUUUACACGUUCGACAAGUAUUCAAGAUAUUUGAAACGAUGUAAAAAAAAAAAUAUUUUUUCCCAGUUGAUCCAAAUUUUUUUCUAAAUAAUUUGUAGUGUGAAUGUGUUUAUGGUCUGGUCUUCAAAAAAAAAAAAAUAAUUAAUUUUUGUGGAUCAACUGGAAUCAAUUGACUUGUAAAUAUUUCGUAACUUUUUUUUAUAACUAUCUUCUAUACUUUACAACAAAUA